AAUACUGAAUUCAACUCAGAAAUGAAAGUAGAUAACCAAAGCAAUGUAAGCAUUACAGAAAACAUUUUUCUCUUGACUUGCCGAAGGCAGGAACACAACAUGUAAGUACCUCUCUUCUAAACAUAGAAACACUUCAUUAUCAGAGGAAAGUACUUUUAUGCAGAGAUUACUCAUUGAAGAAGAUGCUUUGAAUUGGUAUUCUUGAAUGGCAAAGGCUUGAUACUUGAAUUUAUCAUUUUGCUUCCAUUUUUUAUUUUUUUUAUGCCACUGGCUUGGAGCAGAAGGUCUAAGAGUGAUGAUCGAUUUCCAACACACUCCCUAUUCAAAAUAAGAUGAAAGGUCAAGAAAGGUAGACAAGAGAGAAGGAAUCUGAGAUGUCCAGGCAUGAUGUGAGGAACCAAAGGACAGUCUAGGGUGGUUUCCCCUCAGGAGGUUAUGAACGAAGAGGAGUGUUUGUUCCACCCGCAGCCACAGUUUGGUGUUGUUUGCAACACCGGCGAGUACAUUGUGUUCCAGUGUCGAAUGCUCAAUAUUGAAACUAAUGCCUUCCUCUGUGAUUUUUAUAUAGAAGAUGGAAAUGAAGAGCUUCCUCACUAUCUUGGCUGUUCAUACAUCUUGCCUUCAAAUCUGAAGGAAAACUUCGGAGUGGCAACUCUGCCCAUAACAUCCCCCAAACACACUGCUAUUGGGCAGCUUACAGUUCACUAUAUGGUUGUGUAUCCAAUGCCAGUCAGAUGUGACAUGAGUGUUUCUUAUGCUCGUCACUGGAAGGACACCUGGAAAGGCCUGGAGGUGGGCCACAGAGGGGCUGGAAAUUCCUAUCACUCUGAGCCAAAAAGUUGCGCAAAUAUCCGUGAAAACACCAUCGCAUCCCUCAAAUAUGCAGCAGAAAUUGGAGCAGACAUGGUCGAGUUUGAUGUCCAGCUGAGCAAGGACUUGGUGCCUGUUAUUUAUCAUGACUUCCAUGCGUGCAUUGCAUUGAAACGCAAAAAGGAACAAGACAAAACUGACCUUCUAGAAAUACCAAUCAAGGAUCUCACCAUCUCCCAACUGCAAGCUUUGAAAGAUCUGAGUCACCUCAAAGAAGGCGUGCCGUGUGAUGUCCUCUCAUACUGUGAUCACGAAGACAUGGUCUAUCAUAAAACAGAGAAGGGACUGAGUAGGUUUUCGGAUGAGGACUUCGAGGACCACCAGCCUUUCCCAACGCUACAGAAGGCCUUAGAGUCUGUUCCCUAUACUUGUGGCUUUAAUGUAGAAGUGAAGUGGACAAUGCAAAUGAGGGACGGAACAUACGAGUUACAGCAUCCUUUCGAGUUGAACCGCUUCCUAGAUCUCAUUAUCGAGUCUAUUCUGGAACACUCAGGCAAGAGGAAGAUCAUCUUCUCAUGCUUCCACCCUGACAUCUGUACCAUGCUGCGCCUCAAGCAGAACCGCUACCCAGUCAUGUUCCUGACACAGGGUAUCUCGGAGGUCUGGCCACCCUAUGAAGACCAGCGCACCACCACCAUCAGACAUGCAGUGCUCUAUGCAACCAAUUUUAAUUUCCAGGGAAUAAAUGUGCACACAGAAGAUCUGAUGCGUGACCCACAUCAGGUCCAGAUGGCCCUCGAGCAUGCUUUGAUCGUCUUCUGCUGGGGAGACCACAACAACAACCAGGAGAAUAUAAAGUUUCUCAAGAGCAUUGGGCUUCAUGGCAUUAUUUAUGAUAAAAUUGAUGUGUAUAACACGAAAGUGAAGAAGGAAAGUGUAUUCUUGUGCGAGGAAAGAGAGGCAGGAAUAAACUCAAACGGCACCACUUCUGUAAAGUCAAAAGUGGAUGAAAGAAUAGCAGAGAAAGUAGGGCAGAAGAUCACAAGAAAAUAGAACAUUAGUGAAGGAUGCAAUGACAAUGUUAUUUGUUCAUGAGCAUAUUCUUUCUUUUCUUUCUGGUUCAGAUACUUGCAAUUUACUGUAGCCAGCCAACUCUUAUUACAUAUGGAAGUUGGAUGAAAAGG